CUGACCAUUAUUUUGAAAAGCGGGCCCGGAAGUGUAGCUAGAAGCUAACAGUUGGGGCAAUGUCGGCCCCUGUCAGACUGUUGAGGGGCCGUUAUUGGGCUCUCUGCCCGGCGGGUUUCACUCCGGAGCCACGGAGGAAUCCCCCGGUGAGGGCUCCGGUCGGCGGACGGUGGCUGUCACACACACAGACAGGAGCAAACCUUCGACCACUGGAGGGCGUCAGAGUGUUAGACAUGACAAGAGUGCUGGCCGGUCCCUUCGCCACCAUGAUCCUGGGAGAUCUGGGAGCUGAGGUGAUCAAAGUGGAGAGACCAGGUGCAGGCGAUGACACCAGAGCCUGGGGUCCUCCGUUUGUCGGCACUGAGAGCGUCUAUUUCCUGAGCGUCAACCGAAACAAAAAGAGUAUUUCAGUGGACCUCAAACAUCCCAGAGGAGCCAACGUCAUCCAGGAGGUGUGUUUGUGUUCAGGUUAUGGACAGACAGGUCCUCAGUCUCAGAGUCCAGGAUACGACUCCAUCGCCUCCGCUGUGUCAGGGAUGAUGCACAUCACCGGGCCAGAGGAUGGUGACCCGGUGCGUCCAGGCGUUGCCAUGACAGACCUGGCGACGGGGCUGUACGCACACGGAGCUGUCAUGGCCGCCCUGUUGCAACGACACAAGACGGGAAGGGGAGUUCAUAUCGACUGCAACCUGCUGUCUUCACAGGUUUCCUGUCUCAGCCAUAUUGCUGCUAACUAUCUGAAUGCAGGGAAGGAGGCGAGGCGCUGGGGGACGGCCCACGAGAGCAUCGUACCUUAUCAGGUAACUCCCCGGACGGCCCUCUUGCUGUCCCUGUUUAAAGUGCACAAACACACAGAGCAGGUGUUUAUGUUAAAGAGCGAUUCAGCAAAGCUGUCAGACAUUGACUGUUUAUCCAGUUUGGACCAGGGAAUGUAA